AUGCACAGUCCCAUCCCAGGCCUGGGCAGGGUGAUGGUGUUCCUCGCGGCAGCUCUGGCAUCAGCCUCCCUUGCUGUCCCUGAGGACAGAGAAGAAGGUGUGCAGUACGGACAGGUGGGGACAGAUGUGACCCUGUCGUGCGCCGGUGCCCAUGCCGGUUCGCCAGUGCAAUGGAGACGGGCAGGUGCCGCGGCGCUGCCGGAGGGCUCAGCCAUCUGGCAGGGAGCCCUGGUGCUGCCGCAUGCCAGCUUGGCCACCGCAGGAACCUACAGCUGCCACAGCGAGGACGGUGGCCUCCUGCAUGCCGUGUCCCUGCAGCUGGGGUACCUGCCGGGAGUUCCCUUUGUGUCCUGCAGAGCGUCUGACUACGAGAAUUUCUCCUGCUCAUGGACCUCCAGUGUGGAGACCUUCCUCCCUACCAGAUACAUCACCACCUACAGGAAGAAAUCGCUGACGGGUGAAGAGAAGCGGAGGAACAAGAAUGGGCACAUGGGGCUGUGCCUGCAGGAUCCAUCCCGCCCUGGCACCUGCACCGUCCAUGGGUCAGAGUUCUGGAGCUCCUACCGCCUGAACAUCACUGAGGUGAACCCCCUGGGCUCCAGCUUCCGACUCCUCGACAUCACCAUGCAAGCCAUCAUUAAGCCGGACCCUCCAGAGGGCUUGGUGGUGGAGCCCAUUCCCCUGGCCCCACGGCGGCUCCAUGUGAGCUGGAAGUACCCUUCCUCCUGGCCCAAGGAACCCCACUUCCAGCUCAGGUUUCGGCUCCAGUACCGGCCCGUCAUCCACCGCUCCUGGUCUGUGGUGGAGACGGUGAACCUCUCGGAGGUGAUCACAGAUGCCUUUGCUGGGCUGGAGCACGUGGUCCAAGUCAGCGCCAAGGAUUUCCUGGAUGCGGGGAACUGGAGCGAGUGGAGCGCCGAGGCCCGGGCGACACCGGUCAGAGACCCAGCCACUGUGGCAAGUGAAGAAACCACUACAGACACCAGCCUGGAGAGCCUGGCCGAGGAGCCCUCCCAGGCUCCCAACCCUGAGCCCAUCAACCACAGUGACCCCCUGGAGAAGACAGCUGUCCUGGUGUCCCUUGGGAUCUUUGCCUUCUUUGUCCUGGCUGCUGUUCUCGUCAUCACCAUCCUCAUCUGGCUCCGGGUGAGGAAACAUGGCAAGGACAAGACCAAACCCCACAACUUUUUGGUUGCUGCCACCCACUUGAAGGCACUGCCAAAGGCCCAGAUCCUGUAG